UGUUUACAUCCUCUCAGCUGUUUCUUCUGCGUGGAGAAGAAAAGACAAAGGUGCUCAACUCUCUUUAAAAACAAUUAAAUGGAUGCCGUAUUUUGCGAAAUUAGCGCGAUAUUGUGAGAGUCCCUUUCUAUUCCAUCAGCUUUCUCUUAAAUGUUUCGAUGAUCCAUGCGAAACGGCAAUCUAGAGGCGUCCUGGCAGAGAUGAUCUGAUCCUGUGAGGAAAAGCCCCCCCCAGGUGACCCCUUUCCGUGUGUGUGACAGCCCUAGGCCAGCCCCCAGAGUUCCGAGCGCGGCCAGAUCUCCGUCGGCCAUGGGAGGUGCCGUCAGCGCGGGCGAAGACAACGACGACCUGAUCGACAACCUGAAGGAGGCCCAGUACAUCCGCACGGAGAGGGUGGAGCAGGCGUUCCGCGCCAUCGACCGGGGCGAUUACUACCUGGAGGGCUACAGGGACAACGCCUACAAGGACCUGGCCUGGAAGCACGGGAACAUCCACCUGUCGGCUCCGUGCAUCUACUCCGAGGUUAUGGAGGCUCUGAAGCUGCAGCAGGGGCUCUCCUUCCUCAAUCUGGGCAGUGGGACGGGCUACCUGAGCACCAUGGUGGGCCUAAUCAUAGGGCCGUUCGGAGUGAACCACGGAGUGGAGCUUCACACAGAUGUUGUCGAGUACGCCAGGGAGAAACUGGACGACUUCAUCAAGAACAGUGAUAGCUUUGAUAAGUUUGAGUUCUGUGAACCCAGCUUUGUGGUGGGAAAUUGUUUAGAAAUCUCUUCUGACAGCCAUCAGUAUGAUCGCAUUUACUGUGGGGCGGGAGUACAAAAGGACCAUGAAAACUAUAUGAAAAUCCUGUUGAAAGUGGGAGGGAUUCUCGUCAUGCCAAUAGAGGACCAGCUGACCCAGAUUACCAGAACUGGCCAGAGUAACUGGGAGAGUAAGAACAUUCUGGCAGUUUCCUUUGCACCUCUCGUCCAGCAGAACCGGGGAGACGGAUGCAAGACUGACGCUGUGAAACUCCCCCCCAUCGCGGUGCGGAGCCUGCAGGACCUGUCCCGCAUCUCCAUCCGCCGCACCCUGCGCACCCUGACCAGCGAGGAGAGCCAGGCCCGGGGCACGCCGCAGAAGGUCCCGCAGAAACGCAAGAGACGGCGCUGCAGACGCCGCCGCAUCAACACCUACGUGUUCGUGGGCAACCAGCUGAUCCCACAGCCGGCCGAGAGCGAGGAGGACGAGCGCAUCGAGGACGAGGAGGCCAAGGCCGAGGAGGACAAGGAGGCGGGCGAGGCCCUGAAGCCCGAGGAGCCCCUGCUCAACCUGCUGAGAGACAGGAUCCUGGCCCUGCCGCUGCCCGAGGCCCUCAAGGCCUACCUGCUGUACUACCGGGAGAAAUAGCCGGCCCCCCGCCGCGUACAUUCCACUUUCAGAGGCCGUAGCUUCCUGCUGAGACGUCGUUUUCUCUCUCUCUCGUUCGUUUCCUUUAUUUCUUCGAGAUGUAGCAUUAUUUCCUGUUUUUCCGUUUCGUUUUUCUCGAAGGCGAGCCUGCUUCUGAAGAGACACCCGAGUCGGUUUUUGAUGUGGCGCGGGGCUAUACCGCAGGACCGCUCGGUUUUGAAACUCCUGUCGUUGUUGGCGAAUGUGAACGGAGAAAGGCGAUGGAUGGUGUUGAAUGGGAAGGGACUGUUUUUGAGGAUCGUUUCCUCCCUCACGCUUCACAAUCCCGAGACUUUUUCACAGUGAAAAUGUAUUGAAAUCUGCUAAUUAAAAAUCUUUCCAAAAAUGUUGCAAAAAAAAAAAAAAAAAAAAAAAAAAACAACAACAAAAAAAAAAUAUCUACAUUUGUACUCUCUUGGUUUAAAAGGAUAUUUGAGAUGCUUUAUGUUAGGAUUGCACCUAAGAUUUAUCUGCUGGGCAAAACGUGUACGGAUUUUGCCGUUUCAAUGUCAUUUUUAGAUUACUGCUAUCAUCAGUUUGAAGUUUAUUUUUGGCCUUUUACAAAAUAUCUGCAGACUCUGGGGCUCAAACUUUUAUUUCUUUUUUUUUGCAAAUGCACUUUUAUUUACUUUAACUGUUGUUGUUGACAACGAUGGGGUGUCAGCAGCAGUUAAGUGUGAUGAACAAUAUAUUUUCAAAUAAUAACCGUAGGUGGAUUAAGCUAUGGGGGGGGACUCGCGGGACCUUGUACGGUGAACUUCCUGUACUGAACAAAGCUUGUAAAAUGGGCUGUUUGGCAGGGUUUAAAGAGAAGGUAUGUCAUUAAACCUUCCGUUUUGUGUUUAUGAUGUAGGGAUGUGGGUGAAAUGGUGUCUGCUGAGGUGAGUAUAGCGAAUGGCUGGGCUGCCCUGUGCGUUCGUGAAAUGCUUCCGAAAGAGCAUGCCAUUGACACAUAACCAUGUUUUCUUUGUGUGCGAAGUUUGAAAAUCCGCAUCACUCACAUCUGUGACGCUCCUCCCCCACAACAGUGCUUGUUUGCAUAACUUAGCGGUGGAUCUGUAAAUGUCUGAUCUGAACUACAGCAGGAGAAUGCUGCUUUUGUGUUGAUGUGGAAAUACAGUGGAACAUACAAAGAUAGGAGGGAAGCAAGUCAUGACAAAAGCAUGUUUAAGGCCGUUUUGGAUUUCAGCUUUGAUUGUCUCUCUUUUGCCUGUAGAACCUGUAAUGUCAGGGCCUUUAUAGUGUGUAUCUUGACCAAAUGGGAUUUUGGGGUUGUAGAUGUGUUAAAUGUCUGUCCCUUUCGAUGUAGUGGAACAUAACAUCUUGAUUUUUAUUUUUUUCUCAGGCCUUUAAUCUUGCAGCGUAAAAUGUGUGGAUUUAAGAGUUAUAUGGGGUUAUUCAUAUGUUUGUAUUUUACUGAAUUGUCCAGUAUUUUAAUAGUGGUACCAUCCCAGGACACUGUUCAUUUUCAUCCGUGCGUGGUUACUGUAAAGACAGGGCUAGUUGAAGAGCUGCCGGUCUUUGUGCUAUAACAUCCCAUUCCACAGCCUCCCAAAGAGCAUGUUAUGGGAAAAAACCCAGAACAAAUUCUCAUGCAUUAAGAAAGGAUGUCCUUGAUAAGUGCAGUGUGCAAUCUAGGAUGCUUUCAAAUGUGUGACUUUUCCCAAAAAGCACUCCACUAACCAACUACUGCGGCUUACAAUUCAUAGAUUUAUUUUUAAAUAUGGACUUCUACUACUUAGUUAUCACAGAUCCCAAGUGCCCAACCCCUUUGGCUUACCUUUAAACUAAUGUAUCCACAUAUGGGGACAACAAAUAUGUAUUGCUCUAUUAUAACAUAAAUCAUGAGAAUCAGGUUAUUUUGCAUGACACGCAGGUGCAAAUGUUAUUUUCUGACCAAUGUUGACAAAAUCGAGGUUGCUCGUCUCAUUCGUGUGAUUACUUUCAUGUGAAGUAGAGUGCACUUUUUGUUGUAUAGAAUUGCACACUUUAACAUCCUAAAAAGCGUAUUUUAAAGAACUGAAAUGGAAUAACUUGGUAUGUCAUUGGAGGCAUAGAUGCAUGACAUUUGCAUCGUUCCCCAUGGUAAUGUGAGAUGCCUGACUUGCUUCCAUGACAUGAGAAAUGGUUAGGGAUCCAAUUGCUCUCUCUAUUUGAAAUGUAUAAAACCUACCGUAAUAUAAAAACAUGCAGGGAUGUGCAAGACAAUCUCUUUAUAUAGUAUAUUUUGAGGUGAUAUGAAACCCAUGAUGUAAUAAGAAAUAAUCCCGUCCUACUUGGUAGCGCUCCCUCCCCUCCCCCACUGUAGCAUGGCUUGGCUGCUCGAAGCAUCUGUGCGUUGCGGCUUUUCAAACGGAUGACACGUCCACACGUUGUGUUAUUUCUCGAAAGCAAAGGAAAAGCAAUAAAGCUCAAAACAGCAUAUAUUGGGCCUUAUUUAUCAAAUGGUUGUACCACCAAAUUUGAAUCAUAAAGCGCACAAGUGUUAAAAUCUCAAGUAUUUAUAACCACACCGUCUAAAUACCUGUGCGUGAGACAUUACAGCACAUUGACAUUAACACCAGUUAAAUGACUAUUGGCUGUUUAUAAAGGAGGCUGUUUAUGUGGCUGCUUGUGUAGAGUAUAUUGCUGUACACAUGAAAGUGUGCUAUUUUGCAGCGUGAGCUUUAACUAGCUAAUCUUACUGCGUGCAACAAUCUGCAGUUGGCCUCAGCAUUCAGGAAAUGAACCAUUAGGAAAAAACCUCCUUUAUAGGAUGGGGUGAUCAGGGCCAUUGUCAAGGAGAAUAACACACUGACAGAGCCCCAGACCCGCCCGUAGAGCAAGUUAUUUUUAUGAGCAGAGAUUCCUUCACUUAUUAAAUUUCUCGACUGCAGGGCAGACCACUGUAGACUUUAAUCUUUUUUUAAUUUAUCUCAACAUUCAACAUUGUGUCAAACCUGUGGACAGCUGCAGCCAUUUGUGACCAGGGUUUUUCUUUUUGAGGGACAUGUCACCUAACAACUACUUCACCUCUGAAAAGUGUAAUAUCCUGGUUCGACCUACAUCGCAACCCCUAAACUACAUUACGUUCUCUUUAGUGGAAGGAGCACAAUCACGUACAGUCUAGCAAAUUUACUGUGGCAAGUGGGUGAUUUGGAAGGGGAAGAAAGAGUUUACUUGAUAUAGGAACCAAAACCUUGUCUCCCAGCACUGUGACGUUUCCUCAGGCCGUGUUUUGCAGAGACAGACUGUCCUCCUGUGACACUGCUCGUAGUGACAUCACCCUUCCUGACAGGCAUAAUUGCUACCGAGCCCUUCCCUUUAACCGAACAUGUUCCUGCACACCCUGCUUAUCCAGGCACAUCUGCACUUCUUAUAGUGGCAUAUAGUGAAGAAUAUUAAAAUGCUGUCAAGGGGCAAGAAAUCUGAAUUAAACCCGUUCUCCUUAAUACUUAAGCAGAGCUACGGAUUGUGUAUUUAUAGUAACGUCAGCUGUAGUUGUAAUAGGUCUAGCAAAAGGCUCUCAAUGAAUGUGGUCAAUGCCAAAAAGACCUGAAGGCUGAUUACAUCGCAGAAGAAUCAUCAGGAAGUAUACGAUCGCCUACUGCUUAUGAGGAUAUGCGUUUAGGAUUUUGAAAUGAAGGCCAAAUGAAUUACAAUUGGUUGAUAAAUGAGGCCCAUGGUGAAAAAUGUAUGUUGCAUAUUGUAACAAACAAUAGGUUUAUUGGCUCAAAUGUAUCAGCAAUAUCUGACAAAAAACCUUUUUUAUCAUUGAUCAAUAAUGCUUUUCACUUGAGUUGAGACACCCAAAAAAAAAAGAAAAUAAAAAAAAGUUAUGUGCAUCUGCCUUUUGCUUAGUAGCCAGCUGUUUAUAUGCAUGGGAUAUUGGAACCAUUUUCUAGGUCCUCGAUUCAUAGAGAUGGCUUUUCAAGUAAAUCAAACGCCAUCAGAACAUGCUUUCAUAUCCAUACGUGUAUAUAUUUUCUACUGAACACAAUUUAUGGCAAUGAAUUGAUCCCAGCCCUAGAUUUGGAGGAGUGAAAAUGUGAUUCAAAGUUAACCUUUGGUUUUAGGAGUGACAUUUGGACAACGUUCCUUCAUGAAUAAUAACACAUUUGUGCACCGGUCCCCUUUUAUCCAAGUUUUCUAAUCAUUAAAUGGUCACAUUCUCAGAUACAUUUUUUUAUUAUGCAUGAAAUGCCCAGAAGUUCACUGAGAAUUACAUGAAACAACACCACAGGUUUUGAAGGUUGCUAUAUUUAUAAAUGUGUAACUUCAGUAAAAUUUGGUUUUCAAUUGUUUAUGACUGGAGAGAAUAUGGGUUAAUGGUGAGAUCAUGGGCUGCUGAUAUUGAUAUUGAUAUGUAAAUGUCCUGCUCAUGAAUAAAGCCAAUUAAAAUGAAAUCAAAAGCUACAUAAUAUGGUGACCAUAUUCUAUAAGGCAUUCUGCAUUGGAAAUAUUUUGAUUCAUUAUUGGAUUCUCCAACUGCAGUUACCUUUGUGGUGCAGCGCUCUGAAUUACCAAAUUAAAUGCUGUGAAAAACAAAUGAACAUACAGUUUAUUGAGGUUGGUUGUAACUGCUAUGAAAAUUGCUUGGAGGAAGCUGACAUUAGAACAUGGGUCUUUUCUCUCAGUAAAAUACUGUUUCACUGGAUUGUAAUACUUGCUAAUGUUAUGCUUGCUUUGUCCCCUAAGAAUUGCUUCCAACUACUGCUUUCUGUUGUUUUUGAUACGUUCUUUUUGUUGUGUGCAGGUCACCAAUGUAGUGAAUAAGUAUUCAGGGGCUUUAGAUUUAAUAAAGUCGUUUUUUUCCUCUCAUCCUCCAUUCUUCAAAUUCCUCCACAUUUAAAAUGCCUACUUCUCACAUGGCCUUAAAUGAAUCAGGAUUGACCAGUUAUUUGAAUUUCAAAAUUUAGCGUCCAAAUUUAACAGUGCUAUUGGCUGUCAGUUUGAUAUUUAUUAUGGUAUUUUAGGAAUUCUAAAACAUGUCUGGAGGAGUUUUAGUUGAAAGAUUCAGGCAGGAGAAGUUAAUAAUGUCCUCUCAAUUUUGACUAUGGAAGCCCAAGUUGAAACGAAAUAUACAUAAAUACUGCCUUCAUACACACAUAAAAAGGAGAUAACUGCUAUAUACAGCUGAUACUAUGGUUUGCUAUAGGAUAUCAUGGUGUGCUAUAGGUCAAUUGCUACGUAACACCUUCAUGAGACAUUAAUAAUUUAGUCCUUGCGGCUUUACUUUUGCCAUUUUAGUGUGCUUGAAGAUAUGUUAACACCCCCGCAGUAUGUACAUCACAAAAAAGUUCUGUUAUGUUUAUGUGUAUCCGGCCACAAGCAGGAAGCUUUAUUUUUACAAAUAGCUCUGUGCUAUAUUUUGCUGGUUUUCUCAUCUCACCACAUUUUUUUAUGAUUAGGGAUUUAUAUUUGUUUGAAUAAACAUUUUUCCCCUCCACGAUAA